CAAUCGCAAAUUUCAUACUACUAUCGUUGCCUUUAAAGUCAAGAAGUAGGAAGGAUUGCACGCUACCGCUAAUAUUCGCUUUUCAUACAGUCAUACGCGACUUGCUGUCAACAUUAUUGUAAUACUAGGCUUAGCAAUACAUAGCUUCAAGUUUUGAGGCGUCUGCGUGUUAGGCAGCUUGAGUUGCGAAGCCUCUGUAGAAAGUCCACCACAGCCUUUGGCUGCUUUCUUGGAGUUAUCUAAACUUACGAUGUGUGACACGGAAAUCCCGCCGUGCAUUCCUUGCGCGGAACCGAUGCAAGAGAUGGAAGAUGAGGGCUUGCCCAUCCCGUCGCUGGGGUGCGGUCCGACAUUGCGCGGAAGCAUGGGGACUGUUGGGAUGUGCUCCCCGUCCUACUCAAGGCAGGAAUACAACGUAGCAAGGUUCUUUGCUGCACGCGACGUGUUGGACCUCAUCAACCAUCUCAAUAAAGCCGCUAGGAUGGCCGGGGACGAGGCUGAGAGCCUACACGGUGAUGAGCAAGUGAAUCGUGUCAAGGCAAAGUGCAGCAGGAUGUGCGGCCUCUCCAACCGCCUCAUCGACCUGUACGUCGCAACCAUCAGGGCCAAGCUGUCACGUAUGGUCCGGAGAAGCUGCCUGGGACACGCCAAGGGCCAGGAGCUGCUCAACCAGCAUCUGGGUCAGCUCCAAACCCUAGUUGACCAGGCCUUUGCGGCACUUAAUCUGGUGCAGCAGGCCGAGGAGGCGCGUGUCGAGCAGGCCAAGCAGGGCGCAGGGGACUACCGCGAGAAUCUCUUGGUCGACUGCCGCUCACCAACCGGUCGCGAGGGCCGGGAGAGCUUCUCUGGCUGCGACCGCCGUUCGCCGGGAGUGCAGGACUGCCGGGAGAGCAUUGCAAGCCUGGAGGGCAUGACACCCACGGGUCGCGAGCGCCGGGAGAGCUUGAACAUCCAUGAUCGCCCAUCGCCGUCGGGACGCGAGCGCAGGUCGAGCUUGACAAUGCUGGACCGUCCCUCACCGGCCGCUCGUGAUGCCCGGGAGAGCCUCGGCAUGCUGGACCGCCCCUCUCCGGCGGGACGACAACGUCGGGAGAGCCUGAGCCUACUGGACCGGCCCUCUCCUGCUGGACGGGAACGCCGGGAAAGCAUUCGCAUUUUGGACCGUCUCUCGACGGCU